AUGGCGGCGGCGGCUGGCCAGGUCUCCAGCCUCCAGGAGUGGGCGGGGCAGGCAACGGCGAGUGACGGCGGGGCAGCCAGCGGCAGGGCAGAUUUGAAAAGAUAUUUUGAAGUGCUUGGUAGUGGCAGCAGCUCGAAAUUGAAUCCAAGUACUCGUGAAAGUGUCAAUGUUUCGGCACAUGCCACUCAUCAAGAUCAAGUGAGUUCGGUGCAAGUAGAGCAUGAAAAUUUGAUGCAAACUGAACAAGUGGAAGAACAAACUACAGAUUCUCUUGAAGCUAUAGUGGAAGAGAAUGCUGAAGUUCAUGAAGUUGAAGAUUUGCCCCCAACAUUAGAGAUGAUGUUAGAUUUGCUUAUAUACGAAUGGGUGCAACUCGACCAACUAGUUGCACUUUCCCCCCAAAUAGAAAUGGAAGAUGCUUCCGGCCACAAUGCAUUCCGUAAACAUGUUGGUGGGCCAUGUAGCAUCCACAAUAUUUCAAAAACAGCAUGUGAUGAUUUUAAAAAUCAAGGGGCAAGUGUGAAAAGUAAAGUUACAACUUACAGCAAAGGUUCACUAGUGAAGUAUGAAACUCGUGUGGAUACAUCUUUGGGCAUUGUAAGUUAUCUAGCAUUGCUAGGUGAACCAUUUCGUGGACAUGAUGAAUCCAGUACUUCUUUGAACAAGGGAAAUUUUUUAGAGUUACUUGAUUGGGUGAAAGAAAGAAUUCCAGAAGUGAAGGUUGCAUUUGAUGAGCUAUGCCCUAAGAAUGCCAAAAUGACUUCUGGAAAAAUUCAAAAAAUCCUUGCUAAACAUUGUGCACAAGCGGUCACCAAGGCAAUCAAAGAAGAGAUGGGUGAUUCUCUUUUCUCUGUUCUUAUUGAUGAGUGCCGUGAUAUAUCGGUGAAAGAACAAAUGGCCGUGGUAAUUAGGUAUUUGAGCAAACAAGGAGAGACUAUUGAACGCUUUUUAGGUAUUAAGCAUGUUCCGGACACAACAUCUGCUUCUUUAAAGAAGGCAUUAUUGGAGGUUUUUGCUAAGCACGGUCUAGUUGUUGCACGACUACGAGGGCAAGGGUAUGAUGGGGCAUCUAAUAUGAGAGGAGAAUUCAAUGGCCUUCAGAAGUUAAUUCGAGAUGAGAACCCAUAUGCUUUCUAUAUCCAUUGCUUUGCCCACCAACUGCAGUUGGUAGUUGUUGCUGUUUCGAGAUGCUGCAAGGGUGUUGAGGAUUUUUUUGAAUAUGUGACCAUGAUUGCUAAUCUCAGUACUUCAUCUUGCAAGAGGAAGGAUAAAUUGCUUGACAAGCAAAAAGAGGUUCUUUUGAAUAAGAUUAAGAGUGGUGAGAUGCCAAUGGGAAGAGGGAAAAAUCAAGAAACAUCCUUGGUCAGACCUGGAGAUACAAGAUGGGGCUCUCAUUACACAACCUUAUCUCGCAUUGAAUCAAUGUGGGAUGCAGUCAUAGAGGUUUUGGGCAUUGUUGAGGAUGAUGUGCGUGUUCCAUGUAGGGCGGGACGUUUGGUUCAUCAAAUGGAGACUUUUAGCUUUGUGUUCAUCUUGAAGAUGAUGCUAAAAAUCCUUCGCAUGACAAAUGAUUUGUCUCUUCUAUUGCAAAAGAAGGAUCAAAAUGUUGUUCAGGCAAUGUCAUUGGUUACAGAUGUGAGAACACGUUUGAUCAACUGGAGAAAUAAUGGUUGGGAGCCACUCUUGGAAGAUGUCAAAGCCUUUUGCACCAAAAACGACAUUCCGAUACCAAAUAUGGAUGACAUCUUUACAAAGUGGGGAAAUCAAGAAAAGGUGGACGAAACAAUGUCACGGCUGAUCAUUUUUUCCGCGUGGACACCUUCUAUGCUGCCAUAG